AUGAUCAUGGCGCUCGCGUUGCGUCAUGCUUCGCUCUUGAAACCAGAGAUACGAUUAGCCCAAGCAGUCUCGGAGUUCGAAGCUUCGCUUGACUCCCCACAAAAGGCAUCUUUCAGGAAUGAGCGCUCUACAGCAUGCACCAAGUCUCCAACCGAGGGCGAUGUGAUGUGUUUCACGGCUGAGAUUGACCGUCAAGCUCGUCAGAAGCGGCUGUCAUCCCGAUGCUUUGGGCCUCGUCUGACGAAUUUACUCCAGUCAGUUCAACAAUUUGCUGCUUUAGGCGACGUCGUGGUAGGCGGAUCCCAGAAUCUUGUCGCUUGCGGGGUAUGGGCAGCAGUCAGGAUGACCUUACAUAUUUGUAUCGGGUUUUCCUCGUAUCUGGAGAAACUUUCCCUCCUAUUCAUGGCUGCUGGUAGACAAGCACCGCGCCAUCAGGCAUUAGCUUUAGUCUAUCCGAAAUCCAAAGAGCUGCAAAACCAUCUCUGCGAGUAUUUUAUCGUCGUCACUCAUAUCUGCCACCGAGUUCAGUCUUUCGCCCGGAAAUCAACCUUUGGCCAAUUGACAACUUCCCUCAACGACUCAGACAUCAAAAACUUCCAGUCUGAUCUUGUUCUAUGGUCUACGGCAAUCAAAGAGGAGGUCGAUUUGUUGCUCAACAAGCAUCAUGAAAAUGAGGCCCAUUUGAGCGCGAAAGCACGAGCAUUAGCAACUCGCUGGUCGGCCUCUAUAGCACACCGAUAUGACGUCGAAAAGAAGUCAAAGUGGCUUGAUUCUUGCUCUACCUACGAUUUCCAGACAACUUGGAAGCAAAUGCAAAAAAUUGGUUCAACUUCAUUGCUCGCAAGAUCUAGCGAGUAUCGGCAAUGGAAAGAGCCUCAAUCGUCAACAUCAAUCCUCUUCAGUGGUAAAAUCGGCGCCGGCAAGUCUGUCACGAUGGCAAACGUUGUGAGUGAUCUCAGUCAUGACAAAGAAGCUAUUGUGCUUUACUUCUUCUGUCGAUAUGACAUUCCAGAGAGCUUGAAUCACCGGACAAUUCUCGGCAGUCUAGCCAGGCAGUAUCUAACCUGCUUUCCUAUCGGCAGUGAUGUUUUUGCAGAUGAUUUAUUGGUACCUCAACUAGGAGUCGAGGACUUUGUCCACGUCCUGAGACUGGGUUCAAUGAAGUACAAACAGAAAUAUAUAAUCGUGGAUGGCCUCGACGAUUGCAGUACAGAGGAACGUCGAAUCGUUCUAAGCCAGCUCAGAGAGAUCCAGCCAUCAUCGAAGUGGCACCUGGGAGUUUCAGCCCAACUUUCAGCCGAUCAAUUCAUUAAGACUCAACUUGAUCCCAUGUGGAAUAUAAUACUUCCCAACGAGAAUCCAGACAUUGGAUUCUUCAUCGAUUUGGAGAUUCAAGCUCGACUCAAAAACGGUCGUUUAGCCGUUGAAGAUCCUGGUUUGAUCCAAGACAUCAAAGCAGCUCUCAUCGAAGGGGCAAAUGGAAUGUUUCUCUGGGUGGCUCUCCAACUUGAAGCCAUUUGCUGGGAAAACUCAGACUUUGAUGUACGAGCAGCAAUCAAGUCACUUCCUCGAGAUCUAGAGACAACAUAUGCUCGAAUCCUGGAGAGAUCGACAAUCCGAGAUUCUCAUAAGUAUUAUGUCCGAAUCCUCAAGUUCCUUGCCGCGGCAUAUGAACCAUUGACAACGGCUCAAAUACGAGAGAUGGCAAGCGUGACUAUAGGCCAAGACGACUAUGACCCAAAAAGGCAAAUAAACAACAUUACUAAUCUUCUUGCUUUCUGCGGCAGCUUAGUUAUGACGGACGAAGAGGAGGGUACCGUAAGAUUUGUACACCACAGUGCUAAGAGCUUUUGCCAAGGUUCUCUGGGUCACAUCUCGAUCUGGCAGUUCACCGCAGAGGAAGCUCACAAUGAGCUUGGUGGCACCAUCCUGACAUAUUUGAACUACUCUAUCUUUGAGACCAAGCUUUCAAGAAGAGUUUUGCUAUCCGGGCAGUACUGUUUGGCUAUCCGGGCAGUAACCCACUUUUCGAACCAAUGA